CCGCUACAUUUAUCUCGUCCUCAUUCAUUCACUCGGCUGGGUGCUAUAGUUUGUGUAAGGUGUGUUUCACGUCUCUUUCGUUAUGGCGCGAUUUCGUAUAUUUGAAAAGUUUCUACUAACUUUUCACCAAUUACUUUUAUGAAUUAAAAGUCAUUUAUUAAUAUUAGACGAUAGCAAAAACUGCGCUGCAAUCUUAAAAUAUCGCAAACCUGUGAAAACUCAACGGUCACGAUGUCGGUUAAUUCAAAGUGGCGGUUACCUGACGUUUUUUGUGCUGGUGUGUUGAAUGGUUGUCGAAAUUACGUAUAGUAAUAAUUCGCGUCGCGGGGAUGGAUGUGUAAAUGGUACCCGUACGAGGUGAUUUGGACUUAUCGAAAUGCCUUUCGUACAACGUGUGGUUGAGCCGAGGUAUCUUUCGCGGACAAGUUUGCGUGACGAAAAUGGGAAGCCAAGGAUCACUGACGAAGAGCUACAAGCUGUGACAAACUGUACCCUGAGCAAUGCCUUGCGACAACUCGCCUCCCUCGUGCUGCUGGCCGAGGACAUCUUCAGCGAGUUAACUUCGCAACUCCAAGGCAUUACGGAACGGUCAAAAGUAGCUCAAGUUAAGAUCGAAAAAAUUAACGAAAUAGUCGAGAAUUAUGACCCAAAGAAGGUGCCAGUCCCUGAGGGAAGCCUGUCCGAUUUUGCUGCACGCAAAAUCCACUACACGGCGAGUAACCCCCUUAAAAAGGGUCUCUUUACACCCGACACCAGGCCGCCUAGCUUACGCAACAUGUACGAGAGGGCAACCACGGACCGGCUCUCCGCAUCCAUCCUCGAUCAGUUGCGAAAGGACUCCCAGUAUUCACCUUACCUCCUAUGCACACCUGUCUUAGGAGCGAAACGAAGACGCAUAUAUCAGAAAGUCGAUGUUGAAAUAGAAACACAUAUUCCCUCGGUUGUGGAGCAUUUACGCAAAUGGACGUCGAAGGAAGCCAUUGGGGACGUGACCGCAUUACCUGACGCCUCCGUGCGGAUAGCGAGCAGUGUGACCCUAACUCCGGACGAGCUGUCCGAGUGCGGCUCCGGAGACGACGAGCCCAUAGACCAUAGGCUGCCUAGUCCGGACGAGCAGCUGAGAGUCAUCGCCUCCAAAUUUCCUCCGGAAGUUGUUGCGAUCGACACGUCAGGGAAAUUCUUCGACAGAAUGUGCAGCUCUCGAAAGUCGCUUCUUGUAGAAAGCAUCGGAGAGACGGACACAGUGAAACGACGCACACGCACAAGAAAACCCCGGGGUAAAAGACGAAACACCAUUUCGGGCACUGAUCAAAAAGAGCUUAGAGAGGCUAUAGCUGGCGAUACACCAAAUGCAGUGGCUUCUGAAGAAAUCGAAGAUAGUACAGUCAUCCGGUCGAGAUCUAGCGACUUACUUAAGAAAAGCCCAAUUGAUCCCGUUACUAAAAAGAGUCAUUUCAAUAGCCUAAAGCAAUGGGGCAAGAACCGAUUAAAGAUGAUUGGAAGAUCACCCAGUGCCAGUAGAGACAGUUUUAAAGACACCUCAAAGACAGAUAAAAUUAGAGAAUCUAAAUCUCCUAUCAGAGAAGAUGACUGUCAAGUACAAGAAACUGUCACAAUGAGAAAGAAACGCAACGGAGAAGAAGAUAGACGAUCGCAUCAAAGAUGUGCAUCGUAUUCUUCUUCUGAGAAGAGUAUAGGUAUCCCUGUAAGCUUACCGACCACCGCCACAAUAAAUGCUGGUGUAAAAUUGAGAGCAACCUCAACUCAAAGAAGAAUGAGGCGUUCAGGUAUCGGAAAAGAUGAACCUCAUUCCUCAAGUGGAAAUUGGUCAGCCAGCUCGGAGUCUGGUAGAACUAGUAUUGGCUCUGAAAUAACUACUACAACUGUACCACCUAAAAGUAGUACAUCAGCUGCAACCUCCAACAAUUCACUAAAUCUACAUGGGCACGGCCCACCCAGUUCUAUUAUUAGUAGAAGGAGGUUUUUGAACACUUCAGGCUCCGGCAGCGUAACUAGUGAAGGCACUCUUACUCCUGACAUUAUUCAUGACUUACACGAAGAUUUAGAAACAAGUUCAGAAUUUUCAUGUGACACGGAGGGAUAUUACACAUCUUUCCAUAUGGAUUCCGGAUUGAAAACCUUAAAAGAAGAAGAAAUUUCACCCAGCACUCCGUUGCAUACAAGUAACGCGUUGUCUAAUUCCUCGAAUAGUCAUACACUGACCGCAGAAAAUGAAUAUGAACUGUUUGGUAAAGGCUCUACGAGCACCACAACAAGUAGUGCGGGUACAGUUUGUACUACUUUAAUGGCUGCUGGAAGUGAUCGUUCAUUAGUUAUAGGCCCUACAGUUCCCGAACGAAAGAGCUCAUUGACUAAAUUUAAUCGUAUUCGAAGCAACAAUAUACAUAGUGCUAACGCUAGUUUAGAAAGGAGUAUGAGCUCAUCGUUCACUAAAUCUCCUUAUAGUAGUUUAAGACAUAAUAGUCUCCGUCCCUUCAAUGAUAAACAAAUUAACAAUCACUCGUCGCCUGAAAUUAAUACAGUUCCGACGUCCACUAUAACCAUUACAAGCAAUGUUGGAAAACAUAGAGAAAUAACGGCUGUGGCUGAAAUUCAUACUGAGACUGAUUUUGAAAGUGCCAAGAAAAGUACAGGAACUAGUUCACCCGAUUCUGGGCAUAAUACUUCUAGUUCACCCAUCGAAGACUCUGUAUCUAGUGCUCACGGUAAAAAUAGUCUUUCCGAACAAGAUUAUUCAGAAUCCUCCGACUUGGAGGGAACCGAUAGAAUAGAAAGGAUCAGAUAUAAGACAACGAUAAAUAGUUCGAGAAUACCUUCUCUCUGCGUUAUUACGCCAACUAACUCUGAUGAUGAAAGUGAAUCGAGCAGUAAAUCUGAAACAGAAAAGAAAAUGGAUCCCAAAAACCCUGAUGAAACUACUAAUGUUAAAUUAAUAACUCGGCCUAAGUUGGAAUUACCUAUUGACGCCAAACCUAUAGAAAACAACAAAACAAAUAAACAGUCUCCACAGAUAAACUUAAAGCCAUUUAAUAAUUUAAUGUGUAAGUUGAAAGGAGUGCUGCCACACAAACUAUCAAAUAAGAAGUCCCCGACAGUAAAAGAACCAGAAUCGGAAGAGGUUUUGUUUGAUUCUGGUGACUAUGUUACUAUUGCCGAUGUUAAAAAUAAUAACCAAAAAGUAAACUUAAACAGGGGAAUUUAUGGAAAUAGUGAUAUUAUUGGAAAAAAUCUUCAAACUGUCCUUUCGGGAAAACUUCCAGAAACUGAAUAUGUUUCACUGAAUGAGUUGCCAAAUUAUCUAAAUGAAAGUAAAGACUUUUUGGAUAACAGUAUUGAUGAACAUCCUUCACCAGCAUUAGAAGAAAUUAAGAAGAAAGGGGCAAAAGUGACCUUAGACUCUCAAGGACAAGUAAUCUAUUCCUCCGAUACAUUGAAACGACGAAAAGGCGCACAUACGACUUUCGAACCUGGCCCAUUUGUUCAGGAAAUAAAUCCUACAACCAGCAUAAUACAACCAGAAAUGGCAGACGUAGUGAAAAUUGCUGACGAAACAGAUUUUCCUUAUGAACCUCCACCAUCAUAUACCAAUAAACCAACUUCACCACAAUUAGGAAAAAUGAUUAUAAAAGCACCAGUAGAACCAGAUGGUCCUGUAACUACAGAGUAUAUCGCAUUACCCUCACCGAAACCUAGUACAAUAAUUACAGCAACACCAUUAACCGAUUCUGUUUUAACCAAACAACCAACAAAUAAUAUUAACGAUCUACCACGAGUAGUAGAAGUGAUUACUAGAACAGGAGCUUAUGUUAAUAUUCACGAUGCGGAAGGUGUCAGCUUAUCCCCGACGAAAGACGAUUCAGCAGACUAUCGACGUUCCAGUGCUGACAAGCCGCUUACAAAUGCAUCUCACACCGUGGGUACAGAAAAGGGCCCAACUAUUGAUUUAAAUGCACUAAAUCCCACCCUGUACAAAUACCACACUGCACAUCUCCGCGGUAAACACGGUGUUGUCAACUACGAAACCUCAUCUAAUCCACAACCUGGUUCAAAAUUUUGGACGCUACCUAGUAGGAAUACCUUAGAGUAUAAUGCAUCUCGAUUAAAUUGUCCUCCAGCUAAGACCGACCCACACAGAGUCGGGUCCAGAGUAGCUAAAACUAAUGAUUAUUCUAUCAAAAUAUCACCCAUCGAUCCACGAACAACUGGUUCUUUUAAAUCUUCAACACCAUCAAAUAAGGAAAAUGUAAUCGACCUUAGCACGAAAUUAAUAUCACCAGUUAAAUCCACUAUGACAAAUGAAGAAUUAUAUGCGGUAAUACAUAAAAGCAAAAAGAAAUUAAAUAUUAGAGACGCUCCAGAGCGGGCAGAGUCACCUGCUUUAUCCACUAUAAGUUUAUCACCUGUAAGUUCAGAAACAUCGUUAUACACUAAAGGAUCUCAAAAGCAUCCUGAGACUGGUUAUUUAGGAGAUCCUCGUUCAAGAAUGAGCUGGUCGCCAGCAGACAAGCUUUAUACGCCAUCUCCAGCACAAGCUGCUUACGCCUUUCAAAAACAAGAAUCUACUUGUGCAGACCGAUACGGACCAAUACCACAAACCUCCAGGCUAGACUUUAAAAAGUUGCUUUUACAACAUAGCGUUAAACUUAACACUUUAAAUUCACAAACAAAAUCGAAUAAGCUUUCAGCGGUGGAGCAGUUAAAACUUUCGAAAGAGAAAGUUCAACUACCUUCAAUGCCUAUGCAGUCAACAAACAAGUCCCAUGUUAACAUUUUAGACCUAAGUGGAUCACCGAAAACGUAUACCCACAGAAAAGUAAUCAAAGCGAAUCCACAGCCGGCCUCACCUGGAAGGACCGGUGCCAUAAUAAAAGAACAUAAAAAUAGUCCUAAAAUUUUAUUAUCUCCAAAAUCACAAUGGAGAUUCUCAAGCCCGAGAUCCGAUGUCUUAUCAACACCUAUACCAGAGGCAUACAACGAAGACGAACAUUCCAAUAGUUCUGGUGAAAAACAUGAGGUGUCGCCUAUAUCACCGACUAAGACAAUUCCUAUCGUAACAAACCAACUUAACCAACACUUUGGAGCCAGAAGAAAUCUUAUACCGAUAAACGAAAAUAUUUACGAAACAGAAAAUGAUGCUCAGUCGUUAAUAGACCAAGGUGUGUUUCCACUGAGUGCAGAUUUUGCCAAAUCGCAUGGUUUAUCCAGGUCUGAAAUGAUGCAAGCGAAACGGGCGGAAUUCUUCAAUAGAUCGCCAGAAUCAUCGCCUCCAAAGUUCACUUCUUUCAGAAGUCCAACGACGGCUGGUCCGUCGACCGCGAAUUCAAGAAGCAAAUCUUCUCCGGACAGAGGAAAAGUUUCUCCGACCACAUUAGAAACAGCAUUAUGAUGAAAUGUUCAAGAUGAAAAGCGGUGCUUUAAAAAUUGUUUUGAGGGUGUAGAUAUUUUGUAUGAAGCAAUGAAAUUGAUAGAAGCUUUAAUCUAGUCUUUUCUUGCAUAAUGUGCCAUUUGUGCAGGCACUGCAUGGUCAAUAACAGUGAUAGAACUACUUAUGAAUGAAUGUUAUUCAGCUCAAAGACAUUUUUAUUGCUCUAAAUGGGGCCAAUUUUGUUUUGUGUAAAUGAUAUUAUUGUACAACAUUGUGUAUAACUAUUAUUAUGAACUAGCAUGUAAGUAUUUAUUGAGUACAUUAUGGUUACUUGUGAGUAGUGUUUUGGACUUUUUCAAAGUUUUUAAGUUAUUGAGGAGACAAUUUUAAAUAAAUGUGUUGAAUAAUUAUCUACAUUUAUUGAAAGAUUCAUUUUGAAUCCUAUCCUAGGGACGAUGCCGCUAACUUUUAAUUAAAUUGCCCAGCCAAUUGGACGCCUAGGCGUUCAUUAAACGCCGGCUUCCAAUGAAAUGGCUAAAAAAUAACUAGCCAAGAAGACAUUGAGCGCAAAGUGUAGGUAAUCAGACAGCUAGGUAUACAUUGUGUAGACGUUUAGUUUAAUUGAAUAUUGAUGACUGUAAAAAUUGUUAGGUAGAUUUUUUCGCCACAGUUUUAGAUCAGCUAAAUUAUUUAAAUCAGUCAUUUUGAACUUGAACUUUCAGUACGCUAAGUUGUUAAACGUAGAAUUCUUGUUCAAUUAACCGUCCGCUUCAGCAUGAAAUUGGAUGACGGCGAUUAAAUGAACGCCCUAGGCGACUAAUUAGCUGGCUAAUUUAACUAUGCGAAACCUAUACCAAAUUUCAUCCAAAUCUAUUUAGAGAUUCAAACCUGUUUUUCGCAUGAAAAUUCCACGCAAAUGAAUUGAAUGUGAAGAAGUGAUGACAGCUUGAAUAUACCCAGGGGCGUAUUUACCUAAGGACCGAGAAGGCCAUGGCCCGGGGCAGCAGGCUCCGAGGGGUCUCAUUGUUAUCAGUAGUAGUAAUGAAGGGCAUAAACGAGAUUUACACUACCCAGGGUGAGCUUGGCCCCUAGCUAGGGUAAGCAAUUAUUAUACCGCACCGAUCGCCCUAGAUCGGGUCCCUUACAAGUAAAGUAAAGUAAGGGAGUAAAGUCACAUUACACCACCCUUAGUCAGGGUAAGGACCCCUUAAAAUUGCGUAGUGUAAAUCCCGCAAUAGUGGAUUUCCGCUCGAAUUGGAGCGCCCGUCUGAUGAAGUAACCUCCACCUUACAGAAAAUCACAGUAAAAUAACACUACCUUUUGAUGAUGUUGUAUCUGUCGGUGAAAGGUUCCAGGACUCCGCGGGGUAGGGCAUUAGGUCAUAGGCAACUGUGCGAGUAAUAAUUUUGGUAUCGCAAGUGUCUAUAGACUGUGAUGGCCGCUUACCAUCAGGCAGGCCAUACGCUUUGUCACCAUUUUAGCAUAAAAAAUAUUUAAACACUUCCCCAAGACCGAAAUUAUAAUAAAGUAAGCAAAUAGCUAAACUGUGUCAAGGAAAUCAGAAUUGACCAUUGAUCCAAGACGACUAGAAAAUUUGUAGUAUAGAUAACAUCCCAGUGCUAGAAACCACGACCGCGAAAAUAAACAAUAAACUAUUUAAGUGCCGAAUUUAAUCUAAGUUCGUUCGAGUUUUAGCGUGAAAGUAACAAACCUCGAUUUACAUGUAUAUUUACCUAUAUUAAAAGAUCUGAGGCCGUAUACAGAAAGAAAGCUGGAAACCGACCAGCGCUUGUUUGAUUUUGACCAGAUUGAAGCCUAGUUGUUCAUUAAUUAAUUUCAAAGGGCGGUGCCAUCGCUGACCAGCGCGUGUCGGCGCUUAUCGGCUCUGGUCCAUAGAAAUGCUUGCGCCGGUUACCGGUAAGGAUCAGCGCUGGCAACCGCCGACAAGCGCUGAUCGGGUUCCAGCUUUCUUUCUGUAUACAGCCUUACGCAUAUCGUAACUAAUAUUAUAAAUGCGAAAGUGAGUUUGUUUGUUACGCUUUCACGCCUAAACCACUGAACGAAUGUGGAUGUGGUACGCAUAUAGUUCAUGACGAGGAUUGAGACAUAGAAUACUUUUUAUCCCGGAAAAGUGUUAGGUUCCUGAGAAAUUUUCAAAAACUAAAGUUACCGCGGGCGAAGUCGCGAGCGGCCACUAAUAUAACGAAAUCUCUUUGCGUCAUUAUAUCCUCCGCGGAACAAGCCACCAGGUGUUGAGCAGCAUAGACUAGUUAAAAAUAACAGACAAGCCCUCACCGGAUAACAAAAGCAAUGACGAAGGAUGUGAAGUUGCGAGUCCCAUCUAGAGUGGUCCAUAGUUUCUUGCAUUUUAAAGUGGAACUUUUUUUGGAAAAUAAAUAGGUAACUCGGAUUAUUUUUGGAUGGAUGGAUUUAGAACUCAACGAAUUAGAAUUGCUAUUUCGUUGGGUAUUACACUAGUAGAUAGUAGUUGAUUCUCUGUGAAUCUUCCAUGGAUAUAUCUACUGGAAAACACUUUUUUUUUUAAUUCUGAGUGAAAAGCACUUGGUAAGGCGAGAAUAAAUUCAGUAAUUCGCAAUUUACGUCAAUACUGACUGCUGAGUUUCAAUUAAGAUGACAGUAGCCCAUGGUUCUCCUCGGAGUUCCUGCUCUUUUUACCUGUUUAUUCCAGAGAUUGCCAAUAAAUUUCUCACUAAAUACCUACAAAAAAUAUGAAACGGAUAUUAAUUAAGAUUUACAUUCACAGAAUCUGUAAUGUAUUGGCCAACAGAAGAGCGUAAAUGUACCGCACAAUGAAGAGGCAUUCUAGCAGUGGAGAUAUUUCAAUGAGCGUCGAACGUUGCUCUUGCAAGUUGAGAUUCUUAAUACUAGUGGUGAAUACAGCUGAUUUCAUCAAUGAAAGAGCUACACCAACUUUAGGCAUGACUCAUGCAAUAUCAUCGCCAAUAGCAAUAUUUAGCACGUAUAUAUUUAUGGGGAUUUUAAUUUUGGGAUCUACUCGUAACGAAUAUGCAUCUCAGUUUUUACAAACUUAUGCACUCGUUGCUUGUUCUUCGCUUCACACAUACUUAUCAAUAACAGUGUUUAAAGAACUUAUAAUGAGUCCAGAAAAUAAUGCAGCAACAGUUUUAAAUGGAGUCCUACCAAUGUUAAUUAUAUUUAUACUGUUAGCAGACCUUAUAGUAAUAUUGUUUUCAACCCGCAAUGAUUCACCUGUUCUACCACAAAGUUCUGAACCUUCACAUGUAGAUAUAACAACUAAUUGACAUUUAGUUAUUUUAUUACUUAUAUUAUUUGUUAAUUAUUUUUGUGCCCUAUUUUUAUUAAACAAUCUUUAUAUACUGUGUUACUUUUUGUUCUAUCUACCACAGACAGCUGAUUUAUCUCAUGGUAAGAGUUGAAAUAUUAAAAACAGUCAAACUCAGUGCACUGAGUAAUAGACUAACUAAGGGAAGACAGAGCAUAAAAGUUACACCAAAACAUAUAUUUGUUAUAAAUUCACAAAUCUAAUUUAAGUUACAUUUAGUUGAAAAACAUCACUAUAUUUGUGAAAAACUUUAAUAUUUAUUGACAAUUAAAAAAAAAUCUUUAUGUAUAAAUUUAUGCAAACUAACCCCCUUAUUAAUAAACAAGGAAUAAGCUUAGACUAGUUACGUCGUGUUUUGUUCAUGUCACUCAAAUGCCUUAUGUUAUUCGAUGAACAGAGACAAAAUAUGGAGUAACUAAUCCAAGCUUAUUCUUCGUUUAUUAAUAAGGGGGUAAAAGUUUAGUGCAAGCAGGCUUUUACUAAGCAAUAUAUCAAAUAUAUUUUAGUAUGCAAAAUAUUAAAUGUCAGAUGUACAUACACCGGGAAUUCAUAAAUAUAAACAAAUAUUUGGUACUGUAAAAUUUAUUAACUAAUUCUUAUAUUUAUUUACAGUCACAUAUUGAUACUUACUUCAUACUAAUGAAAUUAAAGAAGUUACAAAAUAUCUAACAACAGACUGCGCACAGUAGAGAAAAAAAUAAUACAUAUGUUUAAAAAAAGAGCAUAUUGUUACUAUUACAUUACAAUACCUUAAAUUUGGAACUUAAACAAAUUUUUAUGACAGAAAAGUAAAACUAAAUCAUUAAUCUUCAUUUAAACAAAUAAGAUCAUAAUGAUGCGUCAAUGCAUAAUAAAGGGAUCAGACUAGGAUUUCUGUCCUAUAUAAAUUUUAUACUUUUCCCUCAUCUGAGAAGAUGCAAUAAUCAGGUACUCCGUUGGCUGACAUUAUUUCAAUGUUACAAAGCACAUGCUUGAUGGAAUACUAACAAUUUGUACUUGAACCAUUAUAGACAAAGGCUUACAAGCUUUAGGGUUUCUGCUCUAAGUGGUUCUGUAAACACAAUAGCUCAGAUUUCACAUUGGGAAGUCAAAUGCUUCUGGUUAUUCCAAAUUCUCAUAUACAGGUAUCAAAACAUUUUGUUUAAUACAAUUUAAUGAAAUUAUUAGUUAUAGAAAAAUAUUAAAUUUCUAAGCCUAUACAGAACUGAAAACUAAUUCUGGUCCCUUCAUGUUGACAGCUUAGGUGCCAUACAAACUACAACAAAUUAUUAUGUUUACACAUCAUUAUUAGGCUAAUAAAGUUUCAACAUUAAGAUUUUUCUUAUGUGCAAUCAUAUCAAAACUUGUAGCAAUUGUAACUUCAAUACAGCAAGAACAAAAUUAUGUCUGUAUGUUUGCCUCGCCUUCAUUUGUAAUAGUAAAACAUGGUCACUAAUAUUGUCAAAUUUAACUUACAGUUGUCAAAUUUCUCCACUAUUUGAUCAUCGGUCCAUUCAUCUGAGGCGGUCUCAUUUGACCCAUUGGACCCAUGGGUCCCAUUGGGCCCAUGAGCGGUCCCAUCAUAGGUGGUCUCAUUCCCAUCCCCAUUCCCAUCGGUGGCAUGGGACCAUGAGGACCCAUCAUCAUAGGCGGCGCCAUUGGACCACCUGGCCCCAUGGUCGGUGGCGGCAGCAUACCUGGCGGACCACCAGGCGCCGGGACUGGUGGUCUUGGCCCACCAGGCCCCAUCACUGACGGAUCCCACGGUGGGGGAAUAGCUGCACCUUUAUUUCCAAACGGAUUCUGAGCAAUUUUACCAGCUUUGAAUGCUGCUGUGGUGGCAUCGAUGAGAUUUUGAGCCUGUUCCUCCAUCCAUUUUUGGUAGUAAAAUUUCACAUUGUCUUUAUGUUUUCUUCCAGUGCAAUGUGUCUUUCUGACACUUGGCGAAUCGUGUGUUAAAUAUGUAUCACAAUAAUCACAGUAGUACUUCGGCAUCUUCUCGACUCUUUGAAUUGUUUCUUGAAAUGUUAUUUCUUGGAAAAAUUAAACAAACAAAAUCCUUUCGUGAUGCUUUCGUUUGUAGCAAGCAAAGCAAGACAUAAAUGUUGGUCGAAUUGAAUGAAUGAAUGAUGAUGAUUAACGUGACGUCAAGACAUUGAUUGACGUGACUCUGUAGUCUGUGAACGUGACACUAGUGUAGUGUAAUGGUAAUGUACGG